UAUUGACCUGUCCGGGAAAAUCCAAAUGAGCGGUACCAGACACUUCCUAGGAUGCAAAUGUGCAUAGAAUAGAGUGAUAAUGACCAUCAAAUGUUUUUAUGUAUGUCAAUAUGAUGAAUAGUCAUUCGUACAGUAGACAUUGGAAUGGGGUCGGUGACCCUGUACAUCCGUUAUCACGUACUGGACAUUCAGCAGUAUCCCAUGGACGGUACAUCUAUGUUUUAAAUGGUUACGGCCCUUCAGAUGAUAAAAUGAUACUUUUUGAACGAAUCGGUUUAACACGAUAUGAUAUUAUAACAAAUUGUAUAGAAUGUUUACCUAUACAUUGGGAUAUUAAAUCAUUACAAGAUCAUAUGUUCAAUGAAUUAAUUCUAUUAACAUCUGGUAAUAGUGCUGUAUUAUGUCCAGAAUUAUUAAAUAGAAAUAAUGAAAAACAAUCAGCAUGUAUUUAUACAUUUGGAGGUUAUUCACUAUUAGGUAAUAUUCAUUUAAAUGCAUUAUGUCGAUAUGAAUUAACUCAUACUAAUCUAUCAAAAUAUAUAACUAAUGAUAAUGCUAAUACUAAUACUAAGACUACUGCUACUACUACUACUAAUAAUAAUAAUAUAACAUCCACUGGUUUAAGACCACAUUGUUGCCAUGCAUCUGUAAUUAGUGGACAUGGUAUUUUAAGUUAUUUAGCAUGUUUACCACAAGAUAUAACUGGACAUCAAUCUAUUAAUUUAACAAUGUUAAAAUCAUUACAAAGACGAUUCAAUUAUGAUUAUUCAAAUAAUAUACAAUUAAGAAAAAAUACUAAUAAACAUUGUAAUAAUCUUUUACCAUCACCACGUGAUAAAUUUUGUAUGGAAUAUUAUAAUGGUAAACUUUAUCUAUUUGGUGGUUAUGGUCCACAAUUUAAACCAUUAUCACUAUGGCCAAAUCAAUUUUAUCAAUGGCCAUAUUUAUAUGAUCCAAAUGAUAAUCAAAGUUGGAUUAUAUGUGAUAAUAAUGGUGGAUGGAAUAAUCAAUUAAUUAUUUAUGAUAUUCAUCAAAAUCAAUGGAAUUUAAUUCAUCAAUUAAAUGUCAUUGGGAAAUUUCCAACACCACGUGCAGCUCAUUGUUCUAUUAUAUUACCUAAUCAUGGUUGGUUCAUUAUAUUUGGUGGUCGUGGUCCAUAUACUAAUAAUCAUAAUCAUAUAAAUACAUCACAACAUUUAUCAGAUUAUCGUAUGGGUAGAUUAAAUGAUAUGUAUUGUUUUAAUAUUAAUUUAAUGGAAUGGACUAAAAUUUUAACACCAUUAGAUAUACCAAAUAUAAUAAGUAAUCAUUAUAUUAAACAACCAACAAUAUCAUGUAUAUGGCCAUGUGGUCGAUCUUGGAUGAAUAUGAUUGUUGUCAAUGAAUCAUUAUCUAUACAGAACGAUUCUUCUUUUUCGUCUUCUUCUUGUUGUUGUUGUUCUUCUUCUUCUAAAUAUAAACCAAUGAAUGAAAUGAAUAUUCAAUUAUUUCUACAUGGUGGUUAUUCUAAUGAUGAAAAAUCAUUAAAUGAUGCUUAUUUAAUAAAUAUUCAUUUAUGUAAACAAUAUAAACAAUUAAAAGCUGAAAUUAUUCAUUCUACAAAAGAGGUCAAUAUUAUAUCUAAUAAUAAUAAUAAUAAUAAUAAUAAUAAUAAUAAUAAUAAUAAUAAUAAUAAUAAUAAUAAUAAUAAUAAUGACAAUACUUCUUAUUUAAUGAAUUUAAAUAAACAACAUAAUUAUUAUAUUGAAUCAUUGAAUCCAAUGAAUAAUGAUACGGAUUCAAAUAAACCAACUCUAAUAAAUGGUUAUAUAUGUUCACAACAACAAUCAAUGGAUGAUAAGAAAUAUAUUAAUUUAAAUGUGAAUUCAUUUGGAGAAAUUUUAUUCAAUGAACAAUUGUAUAUAGAUUUAAUUCAAUUGUAUUAUUCAAUAGAUUCAAAUUUGAUGACUGAAUUAUUUGAAGCCAAUAAUCAUACUACUUAUAAUAAUAAUAAUAGUAGUAGUAGUAUGAUAGAUAAUUUGAAUUUAUUUUUACAUGAUUUCAAUUAUCAUUUAUAUAUGUAUCAAAAUUCAUCUUUUACAGUACAUAAUCAUUAUAAUUAUGAACCUGAUAAAUGUAUAAAUCCUAAAGAAACAUUAUAUCGUAUUGCUUUAUUACAUACUAUAUUUAUACAAUAUUUAAAUGAAAAUUAUUGUUUAUAUACUAUCAAUAAAGAAAAAGAUAAAGAUUCAAAGAUGAACUCUACUGCUACUCCGGUUACUAGGACCAAUCAACUUAUUGAAGAUUUAAAUAAUAUAUGUGAUAAUUAUCAAUCUGAUUUAGAAUUUACUCAAAAUUCAAUAUUUUCUACAUUAAUAAGUAUGUUUCUUAAAUUUAUGUUACCAUGGCAAAUUAUUCAAAUGAUGUUACAAGAAAAAAAUAGUUGGUUAACAAAUGAAUAUCGUAUAGAAUUACUACAUAAAUUAAUACCACAAUGCAAUAUGUAUAAAAAGCAACAUUUAAAAAAUUCUUCAUCAUUAUCCAUAUAUCAAUUAGAUGUAAAUGAUCCAUUGAUUCUUAAUAAAUUAUUAUUAUUAAUGACACCAAAUCAAAUACAUAAUCCAAUAAAUUAUUCUACAUAUAGUGAUGAUCGUUUAUUAUCAUAUAUACAACAAACAAUCAUGUCAAUAAUAAAAUGUUCUCAUAGUCAAUCACCAUUUUAUAUUGAUAUUAGAAAUACUCCUAUGAAUGAGAAAUUCUUUUCUUCUUCUUCUUCUUCAUCAUCAUCAUCAUCAUGUAUUAUGAUGAAAAUAUUUAAUAAACCAAUUCAUCGUCAUUGGCAUACUGUAACAUUAGGUUUAGAUAGACGUGUAUAUGUUAUUGGUGGAGCUGGCCAGAAAGCAUUAGAUAUACCAUUAGAAUGUUAUAAUUUAAAUGGACCAAUUCAAUUAACUAUACAAUGUUCUAUAAAAAUAACUAAACUUAUUUUAUCUAAAUUUUUAUAUACCAUAGAAUAUGGUUUAUUAACAAUGAAUAAGAAUGAUAAUGAUAAUAAUCACAGUAUGAAUAAUGAUGAUGAUGAUGAUAAUAAUAAUAAUAAUAAUAAUAAUAAUAAUAAUAAUAAUAAUAAUAAUACUACAAUCUUUCCAUAUUCUUGUCAUUUAAAUAAAAAUAAAUUAAAAAUGAAUUAUUUAAUGAAUUUAGAUGAAAAUUUAAAAAAUCUUUUAAAUUAUCAUGUGAAAUACUUAUUAGAAGAAUGGUUAUUAUAAUACAGAAAUAUUAUUUUCUUCAAAUGAACUAUGAAUAUAACAUGUAGAUAUUCAGAGUAACAUUGAUAUAUUUCAGUAGUAUAUUGUUAUUUAAAUCAUUUAAUAUACAUAUUUGAAAUAAACAAGAAUUGGAUAGAACUAGAAAAGAAGGCUCAGGAGAUAGAGUGAAUUGAAGAAUGAUGAUUGGCAGCCUAUACUCCAUCUAGGAGUAAUAGGCACAAAUAAGUAACAUAUUUGUAGUUUCAUCAACUACAGCAUGGAUUUGUGAUAAUUCUUUUAUUCCAAAUAAAAUGUUCAUCAAUUAAAAUGAAGUAUAUCAUUUAACUAAGUUUCUUGAUCUUGUGUUUGUUACUAGCAGUUUGAUAUUGUACAAUGCUUGUAUUAUUCAUAAAUAUACAACUUAUCAUUUUUAUGUUUUCUUGUUUAUACAUUUUGGAAUCUGUAUGUAUCUUGUUUGUUUAAUCUGUCAAUAUUUAAAUUGUUUGUGGAUAGUAAAAUCAACUCGAUUUGAUUGGGAAUAACAUGACUGCCUAACUCUUAUAUCGAGGUCUGUUAGCUGGACAUAGAUUGGAUUAAAU